ACAGCAACGUUUAUUAUUUUGGUUGAGUUGUUAUGAGUUUGCAAUUUUGUUAAUCAAUUGAUGCCAAGUAAAUGUGGUGCUUUGCUCGUAUUUUUCUGUCUUGCAUGUUAUCGCUAGACAAAAAGUUUAUAAAAUUUGUCUCCUCAAAUGGAAGCUGUGGACAUAGAUAAGGCUUUUGACGAUUUGGUGUUGAUUGAUCAGAUUGAAUCGGAGAAGGGUUACAAGGACGGUUACGAGGUGGGCUGCAGGGAAGCGGCAGCCACCGGCGCUGGACUCGGCUUUCAGAGAGCCGCCCAGGUCGCCUCUGAGGUCGGCUUCUAUGAGGGCUUCAUCCAGCAGAUUGAGGCUUCACUGAACACCUCUGGGGCCUCUGAGGCAUCAAACACUACCGCGGACUCUCCAUCCACUCCUGUGACCGACCCUGCGUCCUCUGAGCGGGCGACUCGUCAGCUGCGGCGCGCCCGGCCGCUGCUGCUGUCGCUGCGCCGGCUCAUCGGGCAGCUGCCGCGCCACAACACUGCCGACAGUGACGUCACGGCGCUGCUGGACGCGAUUCGCGCCAAAUUCCGGCAGCUGUGUGCCGUGCUGAGGGUGAACCCUGGCAGCAGCGAGCAGCAGCGCGAGAUCUCCUUCUGAGACCGGAACAGGACGGUCCGCGGAUCUCCAGUGAAUGGUGCUGGUGAUACUUUGAUGCUAGAGUGAUUGCUGACAAUAUUACCAGUAAUGUGAGCUGGCUGACUGACUCAUCGUUAGGGAAGAAGGUUUUUAUAUGACAUAACUAUUUUGUUUUUGUGGUGUGCUACAGUAAGCUACCAGUGCGGCGAAUUUCCUUUCGAUACCGUCGGUGAUCGGACUGCGCCGCUCGCCACCAGGCGGCAGCACCGUCUACACCCUCUCUGCCCCGCCCCAUGUCCGGUGAGGACACCAUGCGUCCUCCGGUGAGUCUGCGCCGCGUGCACGAGGCGCUGCUGGGCGCCGCCGCCUGUCUGGAGCCCCUCCUGCCGCUGGCCAACAGCUGUAUGGUGUCGUUCAUUACGGAGGACCAGUGGCGCCGCCUGGUGCCCGGCCCCCUGGCGGCGGCGCUGCUGCAGCUGCCCGCCGAGCAGCUGCUGCGUCUGCCGGCAGCUGCGCCCGACCAGCUGCCGGCUGGGCCGCUGCGCCAGCUGGCCGAGCAGCUUGGACGGCACCGGCUGUCGGGGUGCGGGGUCCUCAGUCCGCCCCCUCCCGUCUCAGCCGCCGCGCUGCCUCUGAUGGACCAGUUCUUCAGCGAUAAGAAACUCCACGAGGUGGACCGUAUGGCGGCGACGGUGGCGCACCUGGCGGCGACCGGCGGAGUUGGUCAGGUGGUGGACCUGGGCAGCGGGAAGGGCUACCUGAGCUCGAUGCUGGCUCUGCAGCACGGUCUGGACGUGCUGGCAGUGGAGGCGAAUGAGGUGCACAGUCACGGAGCGCAGAAGGUCAACGCCAACAUCAAGAAAUCCUGGGACGCUAUCGUCAGUCGCUCGGCCGCACUGCAGAUCGGACAGCAGCCCGAGCGGCGCAGUCGAAAAUGGAAACGACAGCAGCGGAGCCAGGACCGCUCCCGCCACCGCCCGGCGCCGGGCCGUCUGACCCCCGUGGACCAGCUGGUCACCUCUGGCACACACCUCUCUGAGCUGGUCGCCCUCCACGGGGACGGAUACCGACCCGUGGCCGUGGUGGGGCUGCACACCUGCGGAGACCUGGCCGUCAACUCGAUCAGGAUGUUCAACGAGAUGCCGCAGGCCAGUCUAUUGGUGAACGUCGGCUGUUGCUACCACCUGCAGCGGGAACGGUUCGAGGGUCAGUUCUGGGCCGACCUUGACCUGCAGGAGGUCAGUUUCCCGCUCAGCCGCCCACUGCUGGAGCGCCGGUUCGCGCUGGGUCAGCAGGCUCGCGGACUGGCCGCCCAGGCCUCCGAGAGGAUCGCUUCCUACCAGCGGGCGCCGUCUCCGUUCCUGUACUACCGCGCGGUACUGCAGGUGUUUCUCCAGGACCGUCUGGGUACCGUUCCCACCGAUAUCAUGGUCGGGAGACUGGCGAGGAAGGCCAGGGAUUACCUGGACUACAUGCACAUGGCGCUCAGCAAGUACCCGCUCGACCACAGGGAUUCUAUCGAGGCGGCUCACCUCGUGCAACUAUUUGACCCAGUCACCUCACCUCGCUGUUACGCCCUCAUCGCUACAAAACGGAGCGGCGCGGUGGACGAGAAGAGUCACGGGAAGGGUGGGAAAGAACCCACAGCGGUCAGUGCUGACUCAACGGUGGGCUGUAGCGACUCAGCGGAUAGUGCUGAACCCACGACAGUGACUGUGGAGGCGAGGACGGCGCAAACGUGACGAAUCCAGACUCUAGCGACUCUCUUAGACUUCUACACUUUAACGCAGUUCAGUUCUCCUGCGCCGGUAAAGGCUCGACCACUAUGUAGUCUCAAUCUUUUAGCUCGUACUUGUGUUUUCCGAUUUAGACAUUCGCCAUUUGGUGAUUACUUUAAACUAUGUUGACCUUUGCGAUUCUGAUCGAUAUUGACCACUCGCUGCUCUUUCUUUAUUGCCAAUAUUUGAAGUGCUCUCUAUUUUCGUCUUGAUCUUUAUUGAACCACUCGAACCCGUUCUGACCUUCGAUAGCCUCUUCUGAUCCCUCACACUGCCCUCUGCUCUAUCUGCUAACCUCUGGCCUCUGCUAUGCUCCGAUCACCUCGAUCCGUCGGGGGUUCUUGCUCUCUAUUUCCAUGAGCGGGUCACUGCACUAUAUGGAGCGGUCGGCCAUUGGUCGCGUCAUCAUCAGUCAUAUCCCUCCUCUCCUCCCAUUUUCGGCGGCCCUGUGGCUAUAGGAACCACUCUCAGGCCUUGUGAUGGAGGAUGACGUCAUACAUUAGCACGUGUUAACAUCUCGUCGCCGUCUGCCACUCGGUAAAAACUGUCCGUCAUAGUCCUCGCUAAUGCGCCGAUGAGCAUUCGACAUCUCGCGCUGAUAAUGUCUGUUGUUGCUGCGUCCUUUCAUAUGGUGACGUCACUGAAUGACGUUUUGUCCAGACCUUCAGGCACCGUGAAGGGCACUCUGUGAUGAUUAGGCCGCGCUGUUAGGCCCCACCGGAUCGCAGACCGUUUUUGUUUCAUGCCGGCGGGAUGCGUUAUUACGAGAGGUUUUUAUACUGAGGCGAAACGCAAUACAUCAUCUUCUUGUGGUUAUGUUCGUUUGUCAUUUGUUACCGUGAAUUAAAGGGAUGUCUGC